AGGCCAAUGGUUGGGUGGUUUUCAGAGGGUUUUUGUUUUUCAUCCUCAUCUCUCAUCUCUCAACUAUAAUUCAUCAUCUUUUCAAGAAUUUCUAGAUAGAGAAAGUGAAAUAACAAAGAGAGAGAAAAUUAAGAAGAGGUUGCGUCUGAAACAAAUCAAACAACAUUUGGUGUAUGAAGGACAAAUGAGAUUAAUUAUCAAGGGUGAAAAACUUGUGGGUUUUGCUUGAUCGAUAACAACUUUGGUGAUCUGGGUUUGUGGGUUUUCGAUCAUUCCAUUUUCACAUUUCCUAGUAUGUAUAAAAUUUGCUUCAGAAAAUCGGGAUCUUGAAGAAACUGUUUGGUGAAUUCUUGGGCAAAUCGCGGGUUUUAUUAGAGUGCUCUUUGUUUCAAUGGAGAUUGCUGGUGGUGUGCCCUACCUUUUCUGAAUCGUGUGUCAGAUUCGUACUUGCUUGUGCUUGUUGCUUCCAUGGAGAUUGGUGGUGUCAAAUCUUUGUAGACUUUCAAGAAGAUUGAGAAAACAUGUCGUGAAGUGUUUGAUAAAUUUCUUGAUACCAAGAUAUGGUGUUACAAAAGAGACUAGAAUAUGGAUUCAAUGGUUACAAGGUGCCCCCAACGCCUCGGGCUCCAAGAUCAGCCAGGAAAAGGGCUUCAAAAUCUUGGAAAAAGAACGAAGAUCAUAACAAUAAUCGAAUGUGUGCAUUCGACUUACUAGCCACUGUUGCUGGAGAGUUAUUACAUGAAGGUGAUAAACCAAAUCAAGAAGAAAACAAAGCUUUUAAAACAGAAGAAAAAGAUUGUGAUCAAGGAAGCUGCAAUAAGAGCUUCUUUUUGUCUGAGAUUAUCUCAAAAGCUCCGGUUUCUGAUUCUGGUCCUACUUCCGGAAUCACUGUUUCCGACUUCUCCCAGAAGGCUCCAUCUGCUCCAAAAUCUGUGGAAAUUUGUAAAAUAGAAGAUAUAAACAAUAAGGAAAUGACAAAUGAGGUUCCCACCAAUGGGAAGCCUCCACUUGUCAACAAUUUAGAUAGUAAUGUAAAUUUAGUUAUUAGAGAUGAUGACGAAAACUCUUGUGGAUGCACUCAAAAUAACAAGACUUUUGGGCCACCUUCACGUAUUGGUGACAGACGAAUUAGAAGAUUAUUGGCAUCCAAACAGUGGAAAAACUGUCCAAAAUUUAACGAUGAUUAUCGUAACAAGAAAAGUUUCUAUAAACAUCAAAGAUCUUUAAGGGAUUACCCGUUUAAAAAACGAAAACUUUACCAGUUUGACAAUCCUUCCAAUUCCAAUGAAGAUGGAUCCAGUUUGGGUCCCACAUCUCAAGAUCCUGCCUUUCAAACUCAAGAUUCUCAUGUGAAACUCAAGAUCAAGUCUUUUAGGGUACCCGAGUUUUUCAUUGAAAUACCCGAAACAGCAACCGUUAGUUCUCUAAAGAGAACGGUUAUGGAGGCUGUGACUGCUAUAUUUAGUGGUGAGUUACAUGUUGGUGUGAUGCUUCGAGGGAAGAGAAUUAGAGAUGAUGAUAAAACUCUUUUACAAACGGGUAUUUGCCAUGAUAACAAGCUAGAUGCUCUUGGUUUCACUUUAGAGCCUAAUAAGUUUCAAGAUCGGUAUGUGGUGUCGCCACCUGGCACUCCCAAGUCAUUAACAAGGUAUUCUAAUGAAGUAGUAGUAAUCCAGCAUGAUGAUGCACCUGUGACUAAUUCUAGGAACAUAACUGAAACGGGUGGUGUUGGUGUGGAUUCACGGGCACUGGUGGCGGUUCCGGCCUCCAACAGUGGUGGUGGACUGGCGGUGAGGAAAUCGAAGCAUGCUGAGGUGGCACAACGGAGGAUUCGUAGGCCAUUUUCGGUAUCUGAAGUGGAGGCUUUGGUUGAAGCGGUUGAGAAGCUUGGAACAGGAAGAUGGCGUGAUGUUAAAUUGAGAGCUUUUGAUGAUGCAAAGCACCGGACGUAUGUGGAUUUGAAGGACAAGUGGAAGACACUGGUGCACACAGCGCGGAUAUCACCACAGCAAAGGAGAGGUGAGCCGGUCCCACAGGAGCUUCUGGACAGGGUGUUGACCGCUCAUGGUUACUGGUCAUAUCACCAAGCUAAGAACCAGUUCAAGCAAACAGAAAUUUGUCGAUUACUCUGAACUCUAAACUCUAAAUAAAAAUGUACAGAUAAUAAAAGUAAAUAAGUAUGGAUAAUGGAUUAUUUCUUCCUUUUUUUUUGUUUCGGGUUCAUGGGUUUUACUUUAGUAGUUUCUUUUUUGUUGUUACCAUGUAUAAAGAAAUUGGUUAGAGGGGGUUGUGUUUUUAUGUCUUUUCUUGGUGCGACGCUUGUAAAAAUGGGCAGUCGAUGGAAUAAAAGAUGAUUUAAGAUAA